GCAGGCAGGACGUGACAUCAUGUUGCAGAGAGACGUGAGUGUAGCUGCUUUUGUGCUGCUGCUCUGUGUCCAGUGCCUGCACAGCUCUGCUCUUCCUGCUGUAUCCUCCUAUGAGUUCACAGCCUACAGGAUGCAACAGUACAACUUAGCACAACAGAAGCAUGGUUGCCGUGGAGCCAUUGUGGUAGCGGAGGCACGUUCAGCAGACGAGGCGGUGCUGACCCGCCGCUGUGUCAUCAUGAAGGUGCAGGACUUCACCACCGAAAAAUAUCUCAAGGCCCAGAGGCAAAAUGCUGCUGCCGUAAUGAUCCUGCUGCCCAGAAAUACCUCCGGUGUCCCCCGUGACGCUGUAAAGACCUUCAUGGUGAGUGAGAGUGAAGCCUUGCUGAAGGAGACACUCAUGCCUGUAUAUGUGGUGCCUGAGGAUGAACAGCUGCUUUACAUGUAUGAGGAGGUCAAGCAAGCUGCAGCCACCCAGACCUCAUCUAUAUUCAUCAGAGUCCUUCGAAGUAUGGUCACGGCUACAGCCUUUCAGAUCUUAGUUAGCAACAAUGUUCCUAUUAAGGCCAUCACUGACAACGCCAUAGUCGCCCUGGAGGGAGUGCUUCCUGGAGCAGGGGAGGAUGUUCCCACUAUCGUCAUCACUGCCCACUAUGAUUCCUAUGGGCUGGCUCCGUGGUUGUCAUAUGGAGCAGACUCUAAUGGCAGUGGGGUCACCAUCUUGCUGGAGUUGGCACGUCUAUUCCAGAAGCUUUUCAGUAGCCCAAGCACCAGACCACAAUAUAAUUUAAUGUUCUCCUUAACUGGGGGAGGAAAAUACAACUUCCUUGGCACAAAGCGAUGGAUUGAAGAAAAUCUGGAUCAUGCUGAGUCCAGCCUGCUUCAUGACAAUGUGGCAUUUGUUCUGUGUUUGGACACACUGGCCAACAGUGAUGAACUGUACAUGCAUGUGUCCCGCCCUCCUAAACCAGACACUCCCAUACACUCUUUCAUUCAGCAGCUGGAGGAGGUGGUUUCCUCCAGAUUUCCCUGGGUGACGGUGGGAUUGAUCCAUAAGAAGAUCAAUCUUGUGGAGUCCACAGUGGCCUGGGAGCAUGAGCGCUACAGCUUGCGCAGGAUACCAAGUUUCACCCUGUCUCAUGUGGAAGACCCUAAAUCUGAGCUCCGUGGCUCCAUUUUGGACACCAUGUCACAGGUAGACUUCAGGAAAAUGAAGCGUAAUGGUAUCAUCAUAGCAGAAACGCUGGCACGUUAUAUGUACAAUCUCUCUGACAAGGGCUCGCCCAAAGAUGUACAGGUUUUCAAGGGUCAAAUGGACUUUCAUGAUGGCCGUAUGUCCAGUCUGAUGUCCUUCCUGACAUCGGUCCCUCGGGCCACCCAGCUGCUGGAUAAGGAGCCCAGUCACAUCCUGCUGGUUAACUCCUUGGAGCACGAGCUCAGACGUUACCUGCAGCACGUUCACAAACAUACUUUCCGACAGGACAAGAGGGACCCUGAUAUUUCCUUUUUUGACCAAAUGAACCAACCGAUAGUGAUGUACAGAGUGAAGCCUGCAGCCUUUGAUCUCUUCCUUGGGGGCUGCAUUGCUGCUUAUUUGGGGAUUGUUUAUUAUGCCAUUCAGAACUUUGGUUGUCUCUACAUGAAGCUCAAAGCAGCAGUGAAAUUCAAGCACCAGUAAAUAAGGCUGUGAGCACUGAAUCUAAAACAAGGGCUUUGAAGUCUGCAAUGCAAAUGUUGGACUUCUGCUUCACAGCCUGUGCUGAAAAUGAAGGCAAAGCAACAAGAAUAUUCCAAGACCGAUCAUAUGCACAAUGUAAAAAGUAUGCAUUUGUUUUGAAAUGUAUUUUGUUUUAAAGGUUUUUGUACUUUGUGUUAUUCAUAAAUCCACUGUACUGUAAGACACUUCUUAUAUAAAGCUUGUUGUUUGGACGAGAUGUAAAGUCAACAAAAUAAAUAAAGGAGGAAUUUGGGGUUUGCCUUGCGUCAAGGUGCGCUGA